AUGGCACAUGAAACUUUUGAGGAAUCCAAAAUACUUUCAGAAAUAGAAUUGAGUUAUUUACCCUCACAAAAAUUUUAUAAUGAAAUAAAAAUAGAACAUAAAGAUUUGACUAAUUAUAGUACGCAUUGUGAUUCAAUAAAAUUAAAGGACUAUGAAGAAGAAGUGAAAGGAAUUUGUAAAAAGUACCUAAGAUAUUUAGAAAAAUCUCCAUUAUGGUACAUUUCAAAUUCUGAAUUCGAUGUGUGCAAGCUUUUGAAUUAUUGGAUCUAUGAUACAUUAACCAAUAUUUUUGGUGAUAAAAAUACUUCAGAACGCAUUGGCUUUGCUUUUUCUACACUCCAAUAUAUAUGGGAAUAUACUGUUAACAAUCGAUAUAUUAGAACUUAUUAUAAAAAUUGUAAGCCUGACUAUGACAUUGUUAAGCAUCCUGAUUGGAAAAAAAGAAAGGAAUUGUAUGAAUAUUAUGUUGAUUAUACCACGAUAAAAGGAAUAAGCGAUAUAAAUAUGUCAAUUGUCAUAGUCAAAUUUCAGUUGAUAGGGAUGAAGAACACAAACAUACUUCAAAAGGUGAAUCACUACAUACAGAAGCGGAACCAGGGCUUGGGGCUCGUAAAGAUAGUCCUGGAUUGCUACAUCUGGCACAUAAUCUUCAGAAUGAAGUGUCAACCACUGAAACAUCCAGAUUUGGAACAAAAGUUACUCAUUCAGUUCUUGGUGCAGCACCAGUUUUAUUAA